UCCCUCCCAUCGCCGGGUUGUUAUCACUAAAAUUGUGCGUAAACACUUCAACAUAUAAAAUUGUUAAUAGGUGUUGUUCCGUGCAUUUACCGUAUGUAUCAAUUUACUUUGUCUUGUAGUCGCGAUCGCCAUCAGUAUCAGUCUUGUCCCGACUUUCUGUGUUUCCUCAGUGUGAGAACGUGCUUUCAAAUCCUUAUCAGUAGCUCUACUCAGCCAAAAAAUUUACUGUUUGCUCGUACUUGAUCUUCUUCAUUGUCCUCGACGUUUUGGAACUUACUGUGUCACUCAACAGGAAAAAGAAAAAGUUUUGUCAAUGACCAUAACUUAGGGUAUUCAACACCUUUUCCCAGUUGAUGGAACUUGUCUCGCCAUGGCAGAUGACUCCAGCGCUUGGGAUGACUUGAUGGAAUUGCCAGCCGAUCCACCAGAUAUGCGGCUAGUCUGUCUAAAUUGCAGUCGACCUCAGUCUGUAUGCUGGUGCCCUUUCUUACCUGUUUCUCCACUAAACCCAAACUGUCGUGUCGUUCUCCUUCAGCACCCUGCGGAAGAAAAGCGCUCAGUUCGAACAGCACCAAUUCUUUCUUUGGCCCUAGCACCUGGAAAAUGUUUAAUUUUCAAAGGAAAAAAGUUUCCGCAUGCAAGACAUGAAGGUUUAGCUGACAUUUUGGCAUCACCCAACGCCAUUUUACUCUACCCAUCUUCCACAUCUGUCAGUAUUGAAACUCUAGAUUUAGUGUCACAGGAUUCCGAGAAAUUCUAUGAUCUCGUGUUAAUUGAUGGAACCUGGCCUCAGGCCAAAACUAUAUUCAAUAACUCUCCUAUUCUCCGUAACAUGAAACAAGUUACUCUGAUAAAUCAUGAAGGAAGUCGGUUUGUGAUCAGAACACAGCCGACAGAUAAAUGUCUCUCUACUCUGGAAACAGCAGCCAAAGCAUUGGCUCUCCUGGAAAACUGUCAAGAAAUCCAAGAAAUUUUACUGAAACCCUUGAACGCAAUGUGUGAUUUCCAACUAAAUCAUGGGGCCGUCACUCACCACAGUAAGGAAUUUUGCAUUCAAAACCAGAUAUAUCCAAAACUGGUUGGCAAAAGACUCAGUAAAUUAAUGAGGAACGCAUGCAAAGAUAAUAAUUGAGUGAAGAAAAACUGAAACCAGUAAAAACUGAGGUCCUCUUUAAUUUUUAGAGUUAAGCAAGCACAUACGUGUUAUUUUCUGACUAUAUGCCGGUUCUGUUUUUACUCCAAGUUCUCUUUUCUCCCUUUUUGUUCCAUGUAAGUAAUACCUUAUUGUAUUACUUAUCAUGUAUUAACAUACAUGAACAACUUUUUUCGACUUUCCUUUUAAAUAAAAAUAUAUUGUAAACUGAAUGAGAUCCUUAGUUAUGGAGGGGAAAAAGGCUUGUCUGAUUUGUAUUAUUUUUCAUUGAGAGGAGCAAUUCAUUUAUUUUUAUUUAUUGUAUUACAUUUAUUGUAAUGUUGUAUAUAGAAGAGGAAAGAAAUGUUUAUAUUGAUUGUUAAUUUAUUAACUUAACAAUAAAAAUUGAGUUAAUUACACAAA